AUGAUGGAAUAUGCAAAAACACGCAAAGGGCCGCGCGACAGCAUGCGAGCCGCCAGCCGAGCGAGAGGUGCUGCACGACCACCCAUCAGCCCCUCACAUCCAUCAUCCCCACCAGCUGGCUUGGUGUCGGCAGGGUCUUCGCGGGCCCAGCAAUCGGCACCCGCCACUGGUGGAGUACGCCGCAUGCGAUGGACAACCGAAAUGAAUACUAACGCAUUGCGGGCGUAUUUUAGGGCGAAAGGGGGAGAAGUUGGAGAGCAAAACCUGGCAGACCGGGUUCGGUAUAUCUUGCGCUCAAAUAUAUUUGAUGUCGCCGAACUCGAACGACUACGACGUGAGGCUGUUCCCUCAUCGGAUGAAAAUGCUACGGCUGAGGAUGCGGCGCCACAAAUUGCAGAGCAACCCGCAAACCUGAAUGCCGCCGUGAAUACCCCAGUUGUGGUUGAUUCAAACGAUGAUGGAACAAUCGCCCAGGAACUGGAAUUAGAGCAUAUGCGGAGUACAUUGGAAGAGGCGAUUAUGGAAACGCGGAGUACGCCUCUCGAAAAUCGACCGCGACUUCCCCGCAUAGCCCUAAGAAAGCGGAAUCGGGCUGUCGUGAGGGCUCUGAACCCAAUGCUGGUGACCUAUUUGGAACCAGCCGGGACCUUUGCGAGACGGACUCAAUUCUUUUUGGCGCCGCACUGGCAGUGUGCCGUAUUAUAG